CCUCCCCUACGCUCCCAAGUUCCUUUCAAGCCCGAAAGUUUUGGAACACUAUACUUAACAUAGCUUAGUGAAUUCGCUAACUACUGUUAGAAGAAAAAGAAACACAACAACCUUUGUGCUUGAGAACUUCUGUGUUUCAACUGUUAGAAAAAGAUAAUUCUUUCUCUGUCAAGUUGACAUUGUCGUUUUCUUCCCUUUUUUCUUAACUUUCAUCUACCUAUUGUUUUGAUUCUCUCCAGAUUCCAAAACUUUACCUAUUCUCCGUUGUUCGUUUGUGCGUACUUCAGAACGGGUUUUACAAGGCUUAGAAUCAACUAAUUUUUCUUUUAAUCCUUCCCUUAUAUUUUCUCACGGAUUUGCUUCAAGCAUUUUAGUGUGAAACUAUCUUUUUAGGGCUUUCUUUCUGAUUUUGCUUCUGUGUUGUCACUGUUGCGAUUUCUGAAUCCUAUAUAUUUGGAUACCAAUCAUUUGAUUCCCAAAAUACCCGUUCGUUUUUCGAGAUAAUUUUUGAGCUUACGCUCUUGUUCUAAUUCGAAAACGUUCGUCUUUCUGUUUUUCGUUUUUCGUUUGUUUCAAUUCCCCUAAAUAUAUCCCUUAAACUCUAAUUGUUGAAACCUUCUUUGUAUAGAAGUUUCUUAAAUUUGGAUUUCUAAUAACUUUCUUUUUGGAUCUUUGUGCUGCAAUACUUUGCAUCUGUAUCCUGUAACAUUCGUUCAUAAUGGCUGACCACGUCUCUAACGUUGGUGAAUACCAAGAUGCUGAAAAGCAAAUGCCUCAAGAGCAAGAACAACCUACCCACCAACAGGCUGCUCCUUCUGAACCUUCGGAAGGAGAUGAAGAGCCCGAUGAGAACAUCGAUGAAUUGAUCGAAGAACUCUUUUCUGAGGAUGUUCACGAUGAAGAAGAAGAAACGGACGAAACUGCAGCUGGUGAAGCCAAGCCUGUACCUGAGGAACUUCUUCAAACUGAUAUCAAGACUGGUUUGUCCACCAGUGAAGUUGAAGAGCGCCGUAAGAAGUAUGGUCUUAACCAAAUGAAGGAAGAGUCUGAGAACCCUGUUCUUAAGUUCAUCAUGUUCUUCGUCGGUCCAAUUCAAUUCGUCAUGGAAGCUGCCGCCGCUCUUGCAGCUGGUCUUCGUGACUGGGUCGAUUUUGGUGUCAUUUGUGCCCUUCUUAUGCUUAACGCUGUCGUUGGUUUCGUUCAAGAAUAUCAAGCUGGUUCCAUUGUUGAUGAGUUGAAGAAGUCUCUUGCUUUGAAGGCCGUCGUUGUCCGUGAUGGCCACGUCCAAGAAGUUGAAGCUAACCAAGUUGUCCCCGGUGAUAUCCUCCAUAUGGAUGAAGGUACUAUUCUUUGUGCUGAUGGCCGUAUUGUCUCUGAGGAUGUCCAUCUUCAAGUUGACCAAUCCGCUAUUACUGGUGAAUCUCUUGCUGUCGAAAAGGGUCACGGUGACCCCACCUACGCUUCAUCUGGUGUUAAGCGUGGUGAAGGUUUCAUGGUUGUUACUCACACUGGUGACUCUACUUUCGUCGGUCGUGCUGCUGCUUUGGUCAACGCCGCUUCUGGUGGUACUGGUCACUUUACUGAAGUUCUUAACGGUAUUGGUACUGUUCUUUUGGUCCUCGUCUUGUUCACUCUAUUCUGUAUCUACACUGCUGCUUUCUAUCGCUCUGUUCGUAUCGCUCGUCUUUUGGAAUACACACUUGCCAUUACCAUUAUUGGUGUCCCCGUUGGUCUUCCCGCCGUCGUUACCACCACUAUGGCUGUCGGUGCUGCUUAUUUGGCUCAGAAGAGAGCUAUCGUCCAGAAGCUUUCUGCUAUCGAAUCCCUUGCUGGUGUCGAAGUUCUCUGCUCUGAUAAGACUGGUACCCUUACGAAGAACAAGCUCUCUCUCGGUGAACCCUUCACUGUCUCCGGUGUUAGUGGUGAUGAAUUAGUUUUGACUGCUUGUUUGGCUGCCUCUCGUAAGCGCAAGGGUUUGGAUCCCAUUGACAAGUCCUUCUUGAAGGCUUUGAAGAACUAUCCCGGUCCCAAGUCUGCUCUCUCUAAGUACAAGGUCAUUCAAUUCCAACCAUUUGAUCCCGUCUCUAAAAAGGUUACUGCUUAUGUCGAAUCUCCUGAAGGCAGACGCUGCGUUUGUGCCAAGGGUGCUCCUCUCUGGAUUUUGAAGAUGGUUGAGGAAGCUCAUCCCAUCCAAGAAGACAUCUUAUCUGCUUACAAGGAGAAGGUUGGUGAUUUGGCCUCUCGUGGUUAUCGUUCUUUGGGUGUUGCUCGUAAGUUUGAUGACGAAGAAUGGCAGAUCAUGGGUAUCAUGCCCUGCUCCGAUCCUCCUCGUGAUGACACUGGCCGUACUAUUUCUGAAGCAAAGCGUUUGGGCCUCCGCGUCAAGAUGCUUACUGGUGACGCUGUCGAUAUUGGUAAGGAAACCGCUCGCCAAUUGGGUAUGGGCACUAACAUCUACAACGCUGAACGUCUUGGUAUUACUGGUGGUGGUAACAUGCCUGGUUCUGAAGUCUACGACUUUGUUGAGGCUGCUGACGGUUUCGGUGAAGUCUUCCCUCAACACAAGUUCGCUGUCGUCGAUAUCCUUCAACAACGUGGUUACUUGGUUGCUAUGACUGGUGACGGUGUCAACGAUGCUCCUUCCUUGAAGAAGGCCGACACUGGUAUUGCCGUCGAAGGUGCUACCGAUGCUGCUCGCUCUGCUGCUGAUAUUGUCUUUUUGGCUCCUGGUCUUUCUGCUAUCAUUGAUGCCCUCAAGACUUCUCGUCAAAUUUUCCACCGUAUGUACUCUUACGUUGUCUAUCGUAUUGCUUUGUCUCUUCACUUGGAAAUUUUCUUGGGUCUCUGGAUUAUCAUCCAAAACCGUUUGCUUAACUUGGAAUUGAUUGUCUUCAUUGCUAUUUUCGCUGAUGUUGCUACUUUGGCUAUUGCUUAUGACAAUGCUCCUUUCUCUAUGAGACCCGUUAAGUGGAACUUACCUCGUCUGUGGGGUCUUUCUACUGUCGUCGGUAUUGUUUUGGCUAUUGGUACCUGGAUUACCAACACUACCAUGAUUGCUCAAGGUCAAAACCGUGGUAUUGUCCAAAACUUUGGUGUUCAAGACGAAGUUUUGUUCCUUGAGAUCUCCCUUACUGAGAACUGGUUGAUUUUCAUUACUCGUUGCAAUGGUCCUUUCUGGUCUUCUAUUCCUUCUUGGCAAUUGUCUGGUGCUGUGUUGAUUGUCGACAUUCUCUCUACCAUCUUCUGUAUCUUCGGUUGGUUCAAGGGUGGUCACCAAACCUCCAUCGUUGCUGUUCUCCGUAUCUGGAUUUACUCCUUCGGUGUCUUCUGUAUCAUGGCUGGAUUCUACUACAUCUUGUCCGAGUCUAGUACUUUCGACCGCUGGAUGAACGGUAAGCCUCGUGAAAGCAGAGACAAGCGCUCUAUCGAAGACCUUGUUGUUGCCUUGCAACGCACUUCUACUCACCAUGAGAAGGGCGAUGUAUAAGCCAACGUUCUAACAUAAUUAUUGUUUAUAUUAAACGUUCUGUUCUUUCAUCCCCUAAUAUAUAUAUAGAGAGUGUUUUAUUAAUUUCAAUAUGCCUUGGUUUUGUUAACGGAACAUGAAUUGUCCGUUCGAUUAGUGAAAAUAUAUCUGAUUUAAUUCGAUAUUUGAUAUCUAAAUGAAUAUACGAAGAAUAAUUGUUUAUAAGCUAGUGAAUAUAAAAACAAUUUAAUUCAUUUUGGUGUCUGCAAG